UUUCUCUACUCUCUCCUCUCACUUCCUAAAACGGCAACUGUGGAAAUUUCGGUACAAAGUCUAGGGUUUUCCUUUCCCGGUAAAGUUUUACUUUUUCGAAAUAAAAAUCUCAGUUUUAGUUUCUCUUUUCUUCUCCUUACCGCUCCUUGCUUUUAUCAUAUACAUUGAAAUCUGCCGGCGUCUUCUCCCUCUGCGAUUUCUUCUUCUUUCAUUCUUCCCUCUGGUGGGUUCGAAGACUGCGAGCGACGCUUACCUUUCUAUAAAUCUGUUUUUUUGGUCUUUGAUUCUGCUAUCUAUUUAUGGUUUGUGGGGAUUGAGCUUAUGGAGGAGAAGGUAGAUUGCUGUUUACCGGUGGAAAAGACCACCACGGAAUCCGCAGAUGCUUGUCCGACAGAGGACGCCAUUCGAGCUUUGUUAGAGAAUUUGGUCGACCCUUUGCUUCCAUUGAAACCUUCUCCAAGUGAUGCUCCUUCCAAGGCUGUCCAGGAAUCUGUGGCUAAACAGGUUCAUGCUGUUGUGUUGCUGUACAAUUAUUACCACAGAAAAGAGCAUCCUCACCUGGAAUUUUUGUCCUCUGAAUCGUUCCGUAGCUUGACUACGGAUAUGAGACCUGCUCUGCUGCAGCAUUUGAAGAAAUCUGGCGAAGCUGAACGAGAUGGCGAUUCAGAACAAACUGUAAUGCUGGAGAAGGUUAUUGAGGAUGCAUGUACUUUAUCCAUGAGCUUGGAUGCGUCUUCAGAUUUUUCAGUCUUGAAGAAGUGGCCCGUAAAGAAAGUUGCAGUUCUAUUAGUUGACUCAAAGAAGACUUGCUGCUAUCUUCAGCACAGUUCCAUCACACAAGGUGUGUGGUCGCUACUUGAAAAAACCAUUGAAAAGGAGAAAACUGCUUCUGCUGAAGAUCAGAACGAAGAGGUCAUCUUUCAAAAAGUUGCUUUUGCGUCUAUUAAGGAGGCCUCAGGUAUUAAUCACAAAGACAUUGUGAUCUUGGAGAGGCAUUUGGUACACUCCUUGAGUGAAGAGAAGACAACGGCCCGUUUUUACAUUAUGAAGUGCACUUCAGAAGACAAAUUUUCUGGAGAAUUACCUGUUGAAGAAGCACUUAACUGCAUGCAAGGUCCUUUAUUUGAGAAGAGCUUCUCGGAAUGGGCUACAAAUACUAUAGUGGAAUACUUUCAUGUUCUUCCAUAUGCCAGUCUUAUAGGAGACUGGUUUUCCAGACGAGAAGACGGUGAAUUUGUGAUAGAGAAAGAAGCAGAAGCUGUAUGUGAUGAUAUUGAAAGCAAUGGAAAGGCAGAUUCAACCAAGGAGUCGGAAUUUUUCGACAUCUUUGAAAGAGGAGAAAAUGCUACUUCGAAAAGGAGUAAUGAUAGUAAUGCUAAAAAAGAUGCCUUUUCCUUUAGCAUUUCUAAAGCUAGAAAAAAAGAUACUUUGAAGAUGCAAAAUCGUAACUGGAAAGGAAGGACAUUUGCUGCAAAGGAUCCCAAUGCCCAAUUGGAGACGGUAGUUGCGUUUCAGGCUAAGAAUGCAGUUAUUGGAAUGAGCCCUUGUAAGGAGAGCUAUUCGAAUAGAGAUAAAGGUGGUUCGGAGGUCGAGUCUGACUCAAAGGAUCACAGAGAAAGAGGUAACCAGAGGAAGAAAGUUCUUGCCGGCAAACUUAAUAGCAUUCUUAAGCUUAAUGCAGCUCCUGUUUCUGCUAAUAACUCUAACCUAAACCUUGAGGAGCUACAGACGACUCUUCUUUCUAGAGCAACAUCACUAUCUGAAACUGCAUUGAAAGUUCUUCUUUGCAAACGAGAUAAGCUGACUCUUCAGCAGCGGCACAUAGAAGACGAGAUUGCUAAAUGUGAUAAAUGCAUCAAGGACAUCAAAGGUGACUGGGAGCUGCAACUAGAAACAAUACUUGAGUGCUGUAACGAGACACACCCGGGGCGUAUCCUUCAAGAAUCUCUCGACAAGUCAGCAUGUCAAAGUAACAAGAGGGUGAAGCUCUGUGAAUCUUUUCCUUAUACCAAAAGUAUGUGUCAGAAACUUGAUGAUAUCUGUGUCGAGAAUAAUUGGGUACUACCAAACUAUCGCGUUUCUUUAUCAGAUGGUGGGUUUAAAGCUGAAGUAAGAAUAAAGGAGAGUCAUUUCGCGCACACAAUCCGUGGAGAGGAAAAAUCUGAUGCUGAGGAAGCGAGGGAAUCCGCGGCGGCUGGCUUGCUAACCAAGUUACACCACCACACAACAGCCAACUUCUCAUGAACCAAGAGCGACUCAGAAACCAAACUAAACCAAGAGCGACUCAGAAACCAAACUAACUUCCACAUGUGUAGAAAAGUCUGUAGAAAAAUAACAUUGUUUUUGAUUUGUAUGAGUUUUUUGGAGGAAAAUGUAUCAAAACAAUGGCACGAUUUGGACCAAUCCUAUCACUCGGUUAGGAUGCGGAGGACUAUGUAUUCUUGAGUUUGCCACUCACAGAUGACAAGAUAGCUCAGUUCUUAAGAAGAUUUAGUGAAAC